AUCAAUUCGGCCGGUAUCCUUCGAUCGGGCAACGUUCUUGACUCAGAUAUAUCUGUAUACGAUGAGCUUUUCGACAUCAAUGUAAGAUGCCUUGUACGUCUCACUCGAGAAGCACUUCCACAUAUUAUCAAGACAAAGGGCACCGUUGUCAACGUUAGCAGUAUAAACGGGCCCUGUCCGUUUCCUGGCGUUGCCUAUUAUUGCAUGUCUAAGUCUGCAGUAGAUCAAUUUACAAAAUGUCUAGCUUUAGAAAUGGCGCCACACGGUGUGCGAGUGAAUGCGGUCAAUCCGGGAGUUACAGUCACAAAUCUUCAUCGACGUUCUGGCCAAGAUGAGAAAGCUUAUGCUGCGUUCUUGGAGAGAAGCAAAACUACUCACGCAUUGGGAAGGCCAGGCGACCCUAAAGAAGUUGCCGAAGCUAUUCUGUUCUUAGCGUCUGACAGGAGCUCAUUUACGACAGGCCAGCUCCUUCGUGUUGAUGGGGCCUCCUCGGGAAUUGGAAGGGCGGUCAGCAUACGUCUUUCUAAAGAGCAUUAUGCACUGUCAUUGAGCGGACGCGAUGAAAUGGCCCUUCGGGAAACGGCUGGAUUAUGCAAAGAGGCAGGGGCAGAAAAGGUGGUUUUUGUCUUUUUCCUUUGAUA